UUAUGAGAUUGGUAAAAAUAAACAAAAUCUCUUGAAAACCGUAGAGGUCCGAGAGCCGAAUGACUAUAUGGAAUUUCGUUUCCUCUUCAAUGGCCCCGUAUCUUAUCCGGCGAAUGCGAACCUGGGAAAAGCAAGGUAAAAUUGGUGCUGUGGCGGGCGGAUAAGCCGCCACCGGUGGGGCUUAUCGGUGGUCACCACUUGUUUUCUUAAUAAUAGUUAUGACCAUCUGGACGUUAUGGUAGUUUGUGCCUGACGGCCUUAACGUACACACCAGUCCCUCCGCCGAUCAACGGAAAAAGUUAAGCAGACAUGGUUGCAUUGAGUUCCACCAAUGACCGUGGGAAGGAGAAAACCCCCGAGAACAUCCUUGAAGACAAACGUAUUUUCCCCGAGUUCCGAGGUGGACCUUUGGACGAGUACCGCCAAAGGGCGAGCUUCUGCUACAAGCGCAUGAACGUACUGCUGGAGGGAGAGGAGCACAUUCGCCUAAAGCACAAAGUAUGGCAGUGGAUGGAGCGACACCCCGACUACCAGCGGGAGCCGGAGGUGCCCGACCUGGAACGCGUUCGGGAGCUGGCCAACAAACGGCAGCACCUCCUUUGGGAACAACAGUUCUACGGCGUCAAUGAGUACAUAAACACUCCGUACUUGCUGCUGGCCUUUGGACAGGCCAUCUUCAGCUACGACUUCAGCACGUCGGUGAAGUUCGGUUUGUCCACUGGCAUGUUCCCCAGCACACUGGUGUCCAACGGAUCGGGGCGACUGGGCAAGUACGUGGCCAAGAUUGCCGACAACCGGAUUUUGGGCGCCUACGCCCUCACAGAGAUUUCCCACGGCACUAAUGCCCUCGGCAUGCGCACCCGUGCCACCUAUGACCUGAAACGGCAGGAGUUCAUCCUACACACUCCCGACUUCGAGGCAGCCAAGUGCUGGGUGGGAAACCUGGGCAAGACCUGCACUCAUGCUAUAGUCUACGCCCAGCUAUACGUGCCCGACGAGAAGCACCAGGGCCUGCAAGCGUUCUUGGUGCCCAUCCGGGACGAGCGGACGCUGCUGCCCUUCCCCGGAGUCACUGUCGGUGACUUGGGCGAGAAGAUUGGCCUCAACGGCAUCGACAACGGAUUUGUCAUGUUCAACCAGUACCGCAUUCCCAAGAUAAACCUCCUGUCCAAGACCGGCGACAUCGACGACCAAGGCAACUACAUCAGCCAAAUUAAGGAUGAGCGGAAGCGUUUGGGCGCCUCCCUAGGUGCUCUCUCUGUGGGUCGCGUCAAUAUUACCGCCAUUACGUACGUGGCUCUGAGCAAGGCGAUUACCAUUGCCACCCGGUACUCUGCCAGUCGCCGGCAGUUCGGUCCUCCCAACAGCCCUGCUGAGUGGCCGGUGAUCGAGUACCAGUCGCAGCAGUACCGUCUUAUCCCCCAUCUGGCAACCACGAUCGCUCUCCGCGUGGCCACUCUCUGGAUUGGCAAGAAAAACAUGGACCUGUCCAUGAAGAGCCUCACCGGCGAGGACACCUCGCAGGCGGGCAUGGAGAUUCACGCCAUCUCUUCGGCUCUGAAGCCAGUAGCCACGUGGGCGGCCCGUGACGGAAUCCAGGAGUGUCGCGAAGCGUGUGGUGGUCAUGGAUACCUUAGGGCUUCCGGAUUGGGCGAUCUUAGGAACGACAACGACGCCAACUGCACCUACGAGGGCGAGAACAAUACUCUUAUCCAGCAGGCUUCCAACUGGCUCGUCAAUCUCCGCCGCAACAACGCCGACUUCGUGGCAGUGUCUCCCUUGGAGACAGUUGCUUUCCUGAAGGACAUAGAUACGAUACUGACACAAAAGGGUCUGGAGCGUACGGCGGAGGAUGCUUUGAAUCCGCAGAAUCUUCUCAAGGCGCUGAACUGGCUGACCUCCUGGCAGUUGGAGACCACUGUGAAGCGGGUGGAGCAGCUGCAGCGCGAGGGCAAGGAUGCGUUUGAGACGCGCAACAAUAUCCAAGUCUUCGCGGCCCAGAAGCUCUCCAUCAUCUACGGAGAGCGCACCAUCUACUACGAGUUCUACAAGUUCGUGAUUGGACUGCCCGAUACGGCUGAGAAGAAGGUUCUGCAGCAGGUGCUUUCCUUCUACGGCGCACAUCUGGUCACAAAGUACGCUGCAAUCUUCUACCAGGGUGGUUACUUCCAAAACAGCUCGCAGCUGGAAUUGUUCGAGCAGGGAAUCCUUAAGCUGUUGCCUCUGUUGAAGGAGGAGGCCAUCGCCCUCGUGGAUGCAAUUGCACCCACAGACUUUAUACUUAACUCGCCCCUUGGCAUGAGCGAUGGCAAUGUUUACCAACAUCUGCAGCGCACUAUUGUCUCCACUCCUGGAGUCUAUGAGCGUCCUCAGUGGUGGCGUGACGUUACCUACAAGCCUUAUCUGAAGCGCGGCAAAUUGUAAAGCCUUUUUACAAGAGAUUCACAUGUGCAAUUGUACUAAAUAUAUCAUAAGAUUUCAACUAUUAUAGUCAAAUAUUUUGCCCUUAAAAAUAGAGAUCUGUGAAUUCAUGGAAUCACGCGACGUAGUCUCUCUGUUUUUAAGAAUCAAUAAAUCCUUAAACGCUGGACAUUCUUAAAUACUA